AUGGCGAGCACAACAUAUCACCGCGACGAUUUAACCGAAGAAAUCUUCGGGCAUCUCUGCAAUGUUGCGCUCACCAAAUGUAGUGAUAAAUUCGAGAAAAAGAAGGCUGGAUGUGGCGGCAGAGCGAUGCGAAAACGAGUUCUCAUCAAGAAUUUCGUGUCGGAUUUGUUCAAAAUGCACAAAAAGCCUGGAAGCCCGUCGAGUUCGGAUGGUGGAGCAAUCACAGAUGAUGAUGAAGAAGAAGAGGAGGAGGAGGACUAUGAAAUGUCGGAUGUUUCAUUUUAUGAAGCUGGAAAUGAUAAUGAUCGAGAAGAACAUAUUGUUGAAGAUGUUCAUUUAGAGGAUUUAUCGCAUAACAGUUUUUCGAAUGUAAGUUUUUUUGAUUUAGAAUUUUCAGAAGAUCUUUUUCAAAUUAAAAUUAUUUGCAGGGAGACUGUUGGUUGUCACAAGCAGAUGUAUAUCGACAAGAUCUUCACCACCAACAUCAUCAUAAUUCUCCAACCUAUUAUGAUUAUCCAACCUCAUCAGGAUCUUUAUAUGAAAAUGUGCAGCAUAGUUCCAGCGGUGGUCCAAGCACAUAUUCAAUAUAUGAUAUUUACUCAAAUGUGUCUGAACAAGCGACGGAAGGUGAAAUUCCAUCGCCGUCCGAUCCAUUGGCAAGUAUUUCAUCAAUUAUGCAACCAUCUGAACAUCAAUAUGAUAUUUAUCAAAAUAAUGGGCAGACUAGCGAUUAUUUUCAAACUACUACUGAUGAUUAUUUUUUGACCUCGAAUGCUAAUAAUAAUGAUUAUGUAAGUUGGAGCUUUUGGCACGGGGAUCCUUUUGUAAUAGCUGAAUAUUUUUUGAUUAGAGACUAGACAAAAAUAAUUUUUCGAACAAAAAAAUCGAAUUUCUGUUGUCUCUAAUCAUAAUAAUAUCUGCACAGUCUAUCAAAGUUUAUCUUUCAAAAAAUCAUAAUUAUUUUAAUUUCAGACCAGCUUGGUUUGUCGAGGAGCUGAAGAAGAAGAAACUCACCAACUAACAGAUCUUGAUGCUGAAACUCGAGAAUCUAACAAAAUGAAAAGGCGAUCGACUGAAAUGUUUGAUGAGUUCAAUUCGCAAUUUCAAAAAAGAAUUAAAAUUUAA